AUGGGGAAGUUUAAGUCUUGGAUCCAAGGCUCAAGUGCCGUGUCGUCACGGUCGGCCACGACAGAGGAAAAGAAGCUCAAUCGGCGAUCUUUCUCGGGGAUCACAAAUCUCAAAUCAAAGCGAGAAAACGACAGCCGCGUAGGCGUCAAGGAAUCGGACAUCGAAUCCAAUUCGGCAACAGAGACGAAGCCUGACACAUCAGUCGAUUCUCGUAUGAUUCAUCUUGCAAAAAUCAUCAGCGAAGAGUCCAAUAAACUCGACAGCUUUUGCAAGAGCCAAGGCAUUGCGCCACCGUCAUUUGACGCAGAUGCUCCCGAAGACUUUCCGAAGCUCCCUGCUCAUAUUCAAAAGAGCCGCCAAGAAAUCAUUUUUGCUGCUAGCGAGCUCUCAACUUUAGUUCGCGGCCCGCGUGAGAGUGUGAGAUGGGGUGUCUGGGGAUUCUUGGAUUCGUUGACUCUGCAGAUUAUCAAUCAUUAUGAUAUCGCUACUCUCGUGCCUGCCUCGGGCACCGUCUCCUUUGCCGAACUGCAGUCUAAGACUUCUCUGGACGCGAUAAAUCUCGCUCGAAUCAUGCGGCAUGCAAUGACAAAUCAUAUUUUCUGCGAGCCGACCCCAGGGCUCAUUGCGCAUACUGCUUUGUCUCGCUGCCUCGCCCAAGAUACGGCACUGCAAAACUGGAUAGGCUUCAACUCGGAAGACAUUUUUCCAGCAUCGGCGAACGUGCUAAAGUCUCUUAAAGCGUAUCCCGAGGCGACCUCGCUCACCACAACCGGCUUCAAUUUCGCCUUUGACACCAUCGACAAGGAACCCAUGUUUGUGACAUUCGGAAAGAACCCAAAGGCCGCGAAAAGAAUGGGCGCCGCUAUGGCUAGCCUCACCGGGGGCGAAGGUUACGAAGUCAAGUAUUUUGUCGACAAUUAUGAUCUCUCGGAAAUCGACAAAAGCAACGGAACAUUCGUUGAUGUUGGUGGUAGCCAUGGCUUUGUUAGCGUGGAUCUGGCAAAGAAGUGGAAGAACAUCAAGUUCAUCGUCCAGGAUUUACCGAAAACCGUUGACAGCGCCCCAAGUCCCAUCGCCGAGGACGAGUCUGUCGCAAGCAGAAUAACGAUGCAAGCUCACGAUUUCUUUACCGAACAACCCGUCAAAGGAGCGGACGUGUACUUUUUCCGCUGGAUCAUCCAUAAUUACUCAACGCCAUAUGCGAUUAGCAUUCUCAGAAACCUGAUACCAUCUUUGAAGCCUGGAGCGCGAAUUGUGAUCAAUGAUCAUUGCUUGCGACUGCCUGGCACGGAGAAUCCUUGGGAUGAGAAGCUGAUUAGGGGCAUGGACAUGAUCAUGCUCACUCUGUUGAAUGCCCAGGAGCGUGACGAGGAUGAGUUCAAGGCACUAUUUGCUGCUGCGGAUCCGCGUUUUAAAUUCCGGGGUGUUACAAGAGUAGAAGGCUGUCGCAUGAGUGUGGUCGAGGCUGUAUGGGAUCCAGAACAGGAACCUGUAGCCUUGAACAACCCUACCGACUAG